AUCCACCUAUUCAUUCAAGUACCCAACAAAAAAUUAAAACAAUCCCAUCCAACCACAUGAUCAAUUUAUGAGACUUUGCUUUCUUCUCACUUCACUUUAGUAUAAAUCAGAAAAUAAAUGCCACUAAAUAACUCUGUAUACAACAAUUGUGAAAUGUGUGCAUAAACAUUAAACAAUAUUAAAAUAACUCUGAAACCCUUUUCCAGUGAAAUUUCUAUCACGCUAUUGUUCUUUCCUUGGUUAUAGCACAGCACCUUGUUUUUCUUCUAACGCCGUGUAACUGUUCGACGAAAUGCCUGAACCAUGCAUUCUCUCACCUUCCCACAUUUGACCCUUUCUCUCUUUCCCCCUAUCUUUGUCUCAUCACACUCUUCAAGAAAAGUUCAAAACUUCGCAGUUUUAAGCGAGUUUAGUUUGGUUCUUGGGCGUGAAAGUUCUAUCAGAAAAGAUCAUUUUUACACUCAAAAGGGUUUGUAUUGGUCUUGUUCUCGGUUUUUGACACGGUGCAAGGAUUGGGCUGGUGAUUUUUCGUCUUUGGAGGAGGAGUUGUUGGAGUUCAUGCAGAAUUCGGAGAAUCCAGAAAGGUUUCCUACAAAGGAGGAGUUGAUUAGAGGUGGGAGAGUGGAUUUGGUUGAAGGGAUUGUUAAAGAAGGUGGGUGGUUAUCUUAUGGGUGGAAUUUGAAUCAUGGGUCUGUUGAAAGUGUUGAUUUUGAAGAUGGGAAUGUAGCUAAGGCUUCUGGGGUUGCUGCUUCUUCGAAUUCGGAUGAUUUGUCUUUGGCUAACUCUUCUCAACCAGCUGAAUCAGUGGAAAUAGAAGCUGAGGAGUCUGGUAUUGAGGGCAUACUUAAUCGUUUGGAGAAAUACAGAAAUAGUUCUUUCGGAGGUGGAUUCGGAGAGAAAGAAGUUGGUGUUUCGUCCGAUAAUAAAAAAGAUAAAGAGGAAUGGGAUCAUAGAACCAUAAAAGAUGGAGUAGCUGCCAAACUUAACAAUAGUAGUAGACAAUCCUCAUUGAACCCAACAACCAGUCCCCUCAGUGGUUCCCAGAUCAAACUUGAUCAACACGGAUCUCAACUAGCUUCUAAUAAUUCAAGAAACUCAAUUAAGCCAGAGACAUGGAGAAGUUGGAUUGAUCAGAGAACUGGUUUUUCAAACGCAGAUUUUGAAGAUGCUGAAAUUGUUCCCAGUGAAACUCAGAAAGGACGUGCGAGCGAUGUUUCAGGACGACUUGAAAUCGUCAAAAUAGGAGAGUUUUCUGACGAACCAAUAAACAGAGAAACAGGAUUAGAUACUCUUGACACAAUUGUAAAUGCAAAUCACAAUGACAUUAAGUCCCGUAUCCAGCUUCUGGAAUCGGAGCUAUCCUCUGUACUUCAUUCGUUGAGGUCUAACACCAGUGAAGUUACAAUGCUAAUGGAGCAGAAGAAUUCUUCUGAUGAUCUAGCAAAGCUUUCCGAUGCUUGGGAAUUCCAGGAAACUGAAAUCAUGAAUUCUCAAGCCAGACUACGUUCGUUACGUGCCAAUUUGGCAGUGUUAGAAGGAAAGAUGGCAUUGGCAAUAAUGGAUGCACAAAAGGCUAUUGAUGAGAAGCAGAAGAAGAUUGAUCAUGCCCACAAAGCUUUGAAACUUUUGAAGCCGACUUGUGUAGUUUGGCCUAAUAUUGCUUCCGAAGUAUUUUUAGUAGGAUCAUUUGAUGGCUGGUCUUCCCAGAGAAAGAUGGAGAAAUCAAAUACUGGUAUAUUUUCUGUGUUUUUGCAGCUGUAUCCUGGAAAUUAUGAGAUCAAGUUUAUUGUUGACGGUGAAUGGAAAAUUGAUCCAUUGCGUCCGGUGGUUAACAACAAUGGCUACGUGAAUAAUCUUCUUGUCGUUCAUGAUUGAUGUAACAAAAAUACUGAGUGAGGAUGAGAAAAUAUCUGUAUAACAGAGAAGAGGAUGAAAUGCAUUAGGUUAGCCACCCAAUUUUUUUAGCCAUUUUUUCACUCUUGUACAAAGUAUAGAGUGAGUAGAUCAUUAUUCUUUUCUUCUGUCCUUGUAUGUUGCAACACUAAUAGAUGUAGAUAUCUUGACUGAUUUCAAACUAAUCUUAUUCAAUCAUUUUUAACACGUUCAUGCAA